CAUACCCUGCCUCGGCCGUCAGUCAGCCGCCGGCCAUCGCGCGCCCCGUCCGCUUUCAUAGCGCAAAAACGUGCCGCGAGUGCUUUUCAAGUGAUGUCGGCUUGUGACUAGUGCCAUGCUCGUGCACUGUGCCCUCCUGGCGGCUCUGCUCGCCUCCGCCGCAGCAGCUUGGCAGGAAAAUGUCCGCCCUAAGGUCUUCGCACAACUAGGGAUCGACGACACGCACAAAUUUCUCGGCAAUGAAACACACACAGACUAUUUCAGACUGUUACUACGAGAUGGAAAUUAUCUUCUGGUUGGUGGAAGAAAUGUCGUGUACAAUCUCAGCUUAACAGACCUCACGGAGCAAAGGCGCCUCGUGUGGUAUUCAGCAGAGAGCGACGUGCAAAUGUGCGUCGUAAAAGGAAAAGAUGAGGAGAGCUGUCAAAACUACAUUCGCCUGUUAGUCUCGCUGGGUCCCGGCAGAUUGCUUAUCUGUGGCACAAACAGCUUUAAGCCGGUAUGCCGGGAAUAUGGAGUGCAAAGGGACUCUUAUCACAUGGAGAAAGAAAAAUCCGGCCAGGCUGUCUGUCCUUACGAUCCUGAACAUAAUUCUACGGCUGUUUAUGCAGAUGGCGAAUUAUAUUCGGGCACUGUAGCAGACUUUAGCGGUAUGGAACCUCUCAUAUAUCGAGAACCGCUUCAAACGGAGCCUUACGACUCUAUGACAUUAAAUGCUCCCGAUUUUGUCAAUUCGUUAGUACAUGGCAACUUCGUGUACUUUUUCUUUCGGGAAACAGCGGUCGAGUACAUUAACUGUGGAAAAGCUGUAUUUUCACGCGUAGCGCGAGUAUGUCGGGACGAUAGUGGAGGCCCACAUCGUUUAAAGCAGCGGUGGACCUCCUUCCUGAAGUCUCGCCUCAAUUGCUCCGUCGCUGGAGACUUCCCCUUCUAUUUUAAUGAGAUCCAAUCAACCACAGAGCUAAUCGAGGGGGUCUACGGGGGUCUGAACGCCCAACUCAUAUAUGGCACCUUCACGACCCCUCCCAACAGUAUAUCCGGCAGUGCCGUCUGCGCGUUCAGUAUGCAAGACAUCGCAGACACCUUUGAGGGCACAUUUAAGGAGCAGAGCGCUAUUAACUCUAAUUGGUUGCCUGUAAAUAGUGCCAAGGUUCCAGAACCAAGGCCUGGGACAUGCCACAACGACUCGAAGCAACUCCCCGAUCAAACACUGAACUUUAUCAAAACACACGCACUCAUGGACGAAUCGGUGCCGGCGUUCUUCGGUGAACCCAUCGUUAUACGAACUAGCUUCCACUAUCGGUUUACACAGAUAGCUGUGGAUCCUCAAGUGAAAACGCCAGGUGGAAAGGCAUAUGACGUACUAUUCAUUGGCACAGACAACGGCAAAAUAAUAAAAGCCAUAAACGCCGUAUCGUACGACACGAACAAACGUGCGGCGCCCGUAGUCAUAGAAGAGCUGCAAGCGUUCGGCGCGGGCUCGCCCGUGCGGGCGCUGCGCGUGGCCCGAGCGGGACGAGACGCCGCUAGGCUCAUCGCCGUGUCGGACAAGGAGGUGCUCAGUCUACGGCUGCACAGGUGUUCCAGUGACAAGAUCAGCUCUUGCUCGGAAUGCGUAGCGCUACAAGACCCAUACUGUGCGUGGGACAAGCAAGCCGGCCGCUGCCGAGCCUACUCGCACGGAGUGAGUCGCUGGCUGGACGAGAACUCGUUCUACCAGAGCGUCAGCACUGGCAGUCAUGCUGCCUGUCCUCAUAGUAAAGAUGCGGGAGCAGUAGGUGGUUUAAGCUCUGGUUUGUAUGACGAUGCUCGGGAAAAUAAGGGAGAGGUCAUAAACAUAGUACAAGAUAAGGAGGGUAAAGGCAACACUAAUAAUAAUGAAGGUCCGGAAGUGCUAGCAGCAGACCCGCCACCAGCGGCGUAUUCAGUGGAGACACUGGCGCUGGCGGUCGCGGCGGGUGCGCUCGCGGCGCUCGGCGCGGGCUUCGCGGCCGGGUACAUCUGCGGCCGCCGCUGCAAGAAGGACGACGACGAUAACAUGCCCUAUCCCGACACGGAGUAUGAGUACUUCGAACAGCGGCAGAAUAUUAAUAGGAUCCAAGCGGAACCCAAGCUCCUGCAACAAGUCGAGGAAGUGACGUACGCGGAGCCAGUGCUCGCGCCGCAGCCGAAGCCCGCCUCCCCGCGCGCCACGCUCCGCAAGCACCCGCCGUACCACCCGCACCACGAGACGCUGUUCCAGUUCCAGCCGGACUCGUACCGGCGCGACAACUUCGGCACGCUGCGCUCGCAUCAGGUCAAUGGCGAUGGCUACCGGCGCGGUAACGACAACGGGUUCUCGACCACGCGUUCAGUGAAAAAGGUGUAUCUCUGAGAAACAAGCGGGGCGGAAUCGCGCGACCAAAUGCACCAUCACAAACAUAAUACGCACCAUCACCACACUUUGGUGUCGCAGCGCAGCAGCGGUUCAGGAUCAGGGUCCGCAAGUGGGUCGUCGUCGUCGCCCUCGCCGCCCUCCUCCUCCCCCUCGCCGUCGGGCGAGCGGCCCCCCACCCCGCCGCCCCCCGCACCGCAGGCCUGCGCAUACA